AUGCCGCCUAUGAAUGAGAAACGAUGGUCGGAAGACAUUCGACGCUGGAAGAGGACCGCGAGGAUGGCCACUCGGCCGGCGCUGUCCAUCCGCGACGGCUCUGGCGAUGAGAGCGAUGAGAACGCCUCACCUGCCACAGAGAGGUCAGAGCUUCGCUUCACUCUGGAGACGAAACGAGACAGUGGCGGGGACGGCGGUAGUGAUGGGGAAGAUGGCGAUCAUAAUGGAAGAGGUGGCGGCAGGGACGGGGAUAGAGGUCCCGGACUCAAGUUCAGCGCUUCAGAAGAGACGGGAGGUGCUGGCAAUCAUGACGGAGGCAAAGGCGAUGGUGACGGUGACUUGGAUUCCGACCCCGACCACAAGGGUAGCGAUCGAGAUAAUGGCGAUGAAAGUGACGACGAUGAGGGCAGCAACGACAAUUCUCCACCACCAACGCCGAUCAUCACGCCUACCUCCGCUAUCGAUGCACCCAUUGCCAUAACUACAACGGAUGCCCUCACUACUACCACUGCCGCACCGGUGACUUCUAUUAGCUCGGAAACCUUGGUCAGCACAACGGCAUCGCAAACCCCGGCAAGCUCUGUGACUACACCAAUCUCCACACUCACCCCAGUGGUGGUAACUUUUACCCCCAUUGGAGUUGACCAAGCAACUAAUAGUCCGAAGGAGUCUACCUUCUCGAUCACUUCAUCUAUUCUGACCACCCUAACCACGACGCCGUUGGAUCAAGUAAACACCUUCCAGCCUCAGAAGGGGAUUGCUGAGCCUACUAUGUCCUCCGACACAAUAACUGCGUUUCCAAUUUUUGCGACUGCGUCACCUACGGUGACGGGCACCAGUUUUGGCAUCCCGAUCACCACAAAGGCUGUGCCAGAGCGUGACUCGAGCGCAGAGCAAGAUAACAACGACAAUGGUGAUCGUCAUGGAAAUCACAGGGAUAGGAGGCCUCCUGGUUUGGACCCGUUGGCAGAGCACCUUCUCAUUGCCGCAGGGGCGAUAGGGGCCUUUAUCCUAUUUUGUUUCAUCGGCUGGGUUGCCUAUCGAACAAUGAAGAAGCCAAGGGGUGCCAGGUUUCCAUGGAGGCGGAAGGAUGCAAUGGGUGCUGCUGGUCCUAACAGCAGCGUGUACCCGCCCAACGAGCCACCACCGGUAUACGACAAGGGCGAGCUGAAUGAUAUGCAAGCCGAGGGCUUCUAUAGCGCCGAGAAGAUAUAUUCCCCGGGACCAGGCAGCCUGGCUCGUUCGGCGACGGGCAGUUCUCAAAGGAGCGUGAUGCGACAGCCACAACAGGGCGAAUCGACUCUGCCAAGCGUAUUAAAUCAAUACCCGGCGGACAAUGGAGCGACACUGGAGAGCAGCGACGCGAAUCUAACGUUGAGGUCACGGAUGCCGGACCCGUUUUACAACCAGUCCGAGCUUGCCCGUCAACCUUCAGAUGCUUACAAUCCCGGCCAGCGACAGGUAUACCGGGCUAGCGAACUAUCGUCGAUAUCGUCAGGAUUUGGGGAUGGCGAAAUCAUCGUGCCCCCGCCGCUUGCCGUCAACAACCCAACGCCUCCACCGCCGGCGGCACAGACUACUAAUCACCCCGUGUCACGUUUCUCCUGGAUGACCAGGAGUGAUAGAAGCGACGAAAGGAGAGAUACGGUCUACACGACGAGCAGCGAAGAUCGUCCGGCUCGGUUCCGUACUGUCACAAGCUGGGUAGAACAGCAGACAGGGCGUGUCAAGAGGGCGCAUUCAAGGGCGCUGAACCGCGGAGAGGUACCAGUGAUGCCGGCGAUACCAGGGCAAAUCAGCGCGACGCAGCAAACCGCCUAUAGGUGA